UCUUACGUGUCUAUCUCGCUGUGUCGACGCUGAAGCAACAGGAACAGAGGAGCUGGCCAAAAAAAAGAGAAGAAGAAGAAGAACAAGAAGAAAAAGAAGAAGAAGAAGAAGAAGAAGAAGAAGAAGAAGAAGAAGGACAGGUUCCUUUGCCUUCUGAUUUCUCCAACACAGAACAAUGUCGAUGAGUCCUAAGCAUACGACUCCUUUCUCUGUGUCCGAUAUUUUAAGUCCUCUUGAGGAGAGCUACAAAAAAGUAAGUAUGGAGGGGAACAGUUUGGGGGCUCCUCUUGCCUCGUAUCGGCAACCGCAGGUCACACAGGCUGCGAUGCAACAACAUCACAUGGGCCACAACGGAGCUGCUGUGCCCGCUGCCUACCACAUGACAGCCACAGGAGUGCCACAGCUGUCCCACACGGCUAUGGGAGGCUACUGCAACGGUAAUCUGGGCAACAUGAGCGACCUGCCGGCUUAUCAGGACGGCAUGAGGGGGAGCACGACAGCCACAAGCUGGUACGGAGCAAACCCGGACCCGCGCUUUUCUACCAUCUCUCGAUUCAUGGGCUCCUCUUCCGGCAUGAACAUGAGCAGCCUUGGCUCACUGGCAGAUGUUGGUAAAGGCAUGGGAUCUCUGAGCAGUGCACCGAGGAGAAAGAGACGCGUGCUCUUCUCGCAGGCGCAGGUCUACGAGCUCGAGCGCCGCUUCAAGCAGCAGAAGUACCUCUCUGCGCCGGAAAGGGAGCACCUAGCGAGCAUGAUCCACUUGACCCCGACCCAGGUGAAAAUCUGGUUCCAGAAUCACCGCUAUAAAAUGAAAAGACAGGCCAAAGACAAAGUGUCCCAGCAGCAAAUGCAGCAAGAGAGUGGUUCUUGCCAGCAGCAGCAACAAUCUCCGCGACGGGUAGCUGUGCCCGUGUUGGUGAAGGACGGCAAACCGUGCCAAGGCGGCGGCCACACUCCUACUAGCGUGGCACAAAACCAUCAUCACCAGGGAGCUAAUGUCAUGCUCAUGACCAACAAUGGCGCAAUGGGCCAGCAUCCGAGCCAGCAGGUAGGCAGCGCGGGCCAGUCUCCAGAUUUGGGCCAGCACGGUACGAGUCCCUCUUCUCUCCAGACUCAGGUGACCGGUCUAUCACACCUGAACUCCUCUGGCGCUGACUACGGCACGGCCUUGCCCUGUUCCGCUCUGCUGUAUGGCAGGACGUGGUGACGACAGGACAGACCGCGGACGGAUAGACAAUAUCUGUAGGCUAUUUGACCUCAACGACUGCUUGACCGACUCAACAGCAACACAAAAAAUGAAAUACUUCAUAACCGUUUUGAACAGCCCGACUUUUUUGUCCUCCGUCCUCUCAAAAUCCAGACUGGAGACAGUGGCGGGGGAAAAUGUUGAUCAAUGCAGAAUGAUAAAAAUAGCCCUUUCCCAGUCUUUCGUUAUGAGGAUGUGCGUCCAAAGAUGGCGAAGAAGAUGGAAUUAUUUAUAUAGCUUUUAAGCGGAGACAAUAUAUAAAAAUUACAUCAUCCCGACGGAUGAAAUAAAAAGCCUCGUUUGGCACUUUAAGACGCCGUCUCACAUUUUGACUGCUACAGUACAUUCCUGAUUCUUAUAGAUUGCAAUGUAAGCCGUAGCUUGUACAUUCCUGUAAACGGUUUGGAUUUAAUACAUAGUUUUUAGCGAUAUGUAUAUGUAUAAAAUUUUUUAUCGAUAUUAAGGGUUAUAUGUUAUUUGAGUUCCACUGGUAUUUGUACGUUUCAUUUUCUUGUAACUUAUAGAUAUUUGACUUAAGCGCAGUCAUACAAUCAUAUUAAUAAAUUA